AUGGCGAUGAUUAAAGUGAUUGUGCUUCUUUUGAUUAUCUCUUCGACUUUUGUCGAUGGUCGAGCUCGUCGUAAACGUCGACAAUUGUCGGCAAGUUAUUAUGGCCAAUCUUCGUAUCCUUAUUCGGGUUCAUACACUGGAACCUAUAAUCCGACUUAUAGUGGAUCAUAUCCUUACAACACGUACGGUACUAACAACUAUGGUUCAGGUCUGUACUCCGGUAUAGGACAGUAUGGUGGCCAAUACGGUCAAUAUGGUCAGUAUGGUCAGUAUGGAACAGGAUAUCCUUACAAUCAAUACAAUAACAUGUACGGUUACAAUACACAAUAUCCAUACGGAUCAUCCGGCUAUCAAUACCCUAACUUAGGUAGUUCUAUGUAUGGUUCGUACGGAUCAAAUUUAUAUGGAUAUGGAAAUACAAAUCAAUAUGGCUCGUAUGGAACCUACGGCACGGGUAAUCCUUGGUAUCGGCAAUCACGAAGCGGUGCUGCUGUUCAAGGACGAUCAGGUGGCAUCCCGGAAGGCAACGGAAAUGGUAAUCCUUCUGGAUCUAAUCCAUCUGUACCCCUUAACAAGCCUGUAGCAAGUGGCUCAACACGCAAGUGA